CCUCCAUUCCCGAGGUUCACGAUGACCCCACCACUUCGCAGGGUCCAGAAAGCAUCUCAAGUGAGAUUUGGCAUGAUUAUCGGCUGCAAGUCGUUUUAGCGUGAUAACAUACAAUUAGUAUUGACAGAACUUCAGUCAAGUCGAGAGCCCCAGACAGCCCCUCUACUUCUAGGUUAAGGUAGACUGCAACCAUAAUGGCUGGGAAAUUCGAGCCGAAGGUUCCUGUCCAUUUGGAUUCCCCAAAGGACGACCCGAUCUCUGUUGAGGACUUAGCCAAAGCGAACGGAAAGGACGGCGGGAAGUGCUACGUCGCCAUCAAGGGCAUCGUAUACGAUGUAACAGGCAACAAAGCCUACCAGCCGGGCGGCGCAUACCACGUAUUCGCCGGGAAGGAUGCCUCGCGCGCCCUCGGCAAGACGUCGACCAAGCCCGAGGACGUGAGCGCCGAGUGGCAGGACCUGCCCGACAAGGAGAAGUCGACGCUGAACGACUGGGUCACCUUCUUCUCGAAGCGGUAUAACGUUGUGGGGAGGGUAGAGGGCGCUACGAACUUUGAGUGAGUAAAGGGGGUUCAAUCAGGAUAUGAGUGUUGGGGUGGGGGAGGGGGGUGGUUGUGUUUACGGCAGAGGGCAAUGUGCGUCGACAUUUUGAGGAGUAUCCGUCCGGAAACGAAGGGGAUUCUAAGCCGUGAUGGAUACUUCCUCUUCCAUUUUGGAAAAAAGAUCUUCUUGUCAUUUGACUCUUGCUGCAUGCCAGCGGCUAUGAUGUGGGUGAAUGUUCAGAGGCAGUUGACUCGUUGUUGGGGGCUUGGGUGGACACCCCUGAGUUGCUUGAGAGUUGUAGAGAGGCCUGUGAUGCUUGAGGUAACAUAUGCCGCCAUGUACUGUCACAAGGAAGAGUACCUACCGGGUGUCUACCCAGCCAUCAAUGCCGGCAGUUGCCA